UAUAUAAAUAAGAAAACGAUUUUUCCAUUCUAAUAGUCUGUGAUCAUACACUCUCAUCAAAUAUUUUUCAAUAUGUUAAGAACACAUAGAAAACCAGAAUGCCAUAUAACUGUAGAUUUAGAAGAGCCAUUAACCGGAUACGCUUGUUCGCAAUUAAUUAUUGAAAUUGUGAAAUACGUUAUGUAUCAAAAACAACAAAUUCCAUUAUCGUGUGAUUCGUUAAUAAAAUUGCAUGCCACUUCAAAGCCAACGGAUAGAAACUUUUCGUCGAUGCAGAAUUUGGUUGACUCUUUAAGUAAUAUAUCUAAUCAAUUAGCUUUACAAUUUACUAUCGAUGAUUGUGAAGUUAAAGAAAUAGUUAUUGUUAUUGGAGCUACUAUUGUUUCUCCAAAAUUUUACAUCGUCAUUGAAUUACCUCCAACUAUUUUAAACAGCAAUAUCCACUUAGAAUAUCAACAUCCCUUUCGCAAAUCAUUGACAACUGUUAUGAGGUCAAUUAUUAAAUCUACCGAAUUUCAAGAUGAAAUGAUUAUACCUUUAGGACUGACAAACACUUUUGUAUUUGUUCGGAAGAAAGAUCCUUACAAAAUAUCUGAAUUUUUUAUACCUAAGCCUCAGUUUUCAUUGUCUUCGCAAAACACCAACUCAUUCCGUAUAAAAUUAAACUACAAUGAAAAUAAUCGAUUAAACUGUGACUGUGAUAACUUUAUUAAAGUGUACCAUGAUUCUCAGAACAAAAUUUAUUUAAAAAAGGACUAUAUUGAAGAAAAGUUUAACUCGGAAAUUACUUAUCAAUGGUAUCAAUCGAAAGAAGUAUUAAAAGGAUUCAAGUUUCUAAUAUAAUAAUAGAAAAUGCUUAAUAAAAUAAAAUCUGCA